AUGGGAUCCUUCAGAUCAUCCGCAACACCAGACUUUCCCAGCAAUGUCCAACGACAUGUCCUGCACUCGAUCCCAUCAUCGCUGAUACUAGCAGGAUCGGGUUUUCCUUGGAAUGACUUGACGAAAAUCAAACGGAUUGAUGUGUGCGUCCUUGGGCCUCAUCUUCCAGUUCGAAGAAAGGAUUCAUUUCUUGCCCUUGUUGUAAGGACAGUCCUCACUCAAACCGCGGAUAUAUCCUCGCCUUAUUUGGAUCUGGCUGAUACACUUGUGACUGGGAUAUAUGAUGAUCUCUCGAAAUCUUUGAUGGAAAGUCUCGCCUUCCUUGGGUAUCAAACUCCACGGGCUCCAAGAAUCACAGGAAAUAAUAUACUACUAUCUACUGUCUACCUCAUUAUAUCACGAAAGGAAGAUGAACUUUCACCAUGGCAUAUUACAAUGGGUGUCCUCGGUGCUUGUGGUGACGCUUGGCAUGCAAGCAUGGGGUUUGUGGUUACUGCUUGUCGGAGAUUAAAGGGAUUAAUCCCUUGUUGUUCUUGUCGGAUUGAUGGGCCUGUAGUGGUUAUUGGAAUAUCCUUGUGA